CGGCUCCUCAGUUCGCAUCCGACGACCGACCGUGGUGCAAAGAAUCGAAACGCGACGUACGUAAACGUAAAAAUUAUAUUUGGGUGUGUUGUGAAUAUUAGAAACUGGCGUGUUCGAAUGUGCCUGUUCUACGCGGCGAAUGGCUUGAUUAUUGAAAACAUGGUAACCAAAGUUUAAACACAACAGUAGAAGAAGAAAAUCGAUGGAAGUCGCUAGUGCCAGAGGGUCUACGGGCGCGUUGUCCAGCAGCGCGGACAGCGUCACCGGUCACAUGCACCACUCGAUGUCCACCCCCGCGGGGGUAGACGGCGGUGGAUCUCGUACGCCCCCGACGACACCCAAAAAGGGCGGCAAGAUGCUCGCCAUGAGGGUCCAAAUGUUGGACGAUACCAUCACCAUCUUCCAAGUUCAAGCGAAGGCAUUAGGGCGGGUAUUGUUCGACCAAGUGUGCAAGCAGCUCCAUUUGCUCGAGGCCGAUUACUUUGGGUUGGAGUACGCGGACUGUCAUGGAACCAGGUAUUGGUUGGAUCUUCAAAAACCGAUCUCCCGUCAACUCGGGCUGUCACUGGUCGAUCCCAUCCUGUACUUUUGCGUCAAAUUUUACACGCCCGACCCUGCACAACUCGAGGAAGAAUACACCCGUUAUUUGUUUUGUUUACAAGUGAAAAGGGACUUGGCGCAAGGUUAUAUGCAAUGUAACGAGAACACGGCUUCUUUAAUGGCCAGUUACAUUGUGCAAGCGGAGUGCGGGGACUUCGUACCGGAGGAUUAUCCCGACCACACCUACCUUUCUAGUUACAAGUUUGUGCCUCAUCAGGAUCACGAAAUGGAGAAGAAAAUUAUGGAGAAUCAUAAAAAGCACAUGGGUCAAUCGCCAGCAGAAGCUGACCUGAACCUUCUAGAAACGGCUCGAAGAUGCGAACUGUACGGGAUGAAGAUGCACCCGGCAAAAGACCACGAGAACGUUUGCCUGAAUUUGGCAGUGGCCCACAUGGGCAUCCUGGUGUUCCAGAACUAUACCAAAAUUAACACCUUCUCCUGGGCGAAGAUCAGGAAGAUUUCCUUUAAGAGGAAAAAGUUUUUAAUCAAGUUACAUCCCGAGGGUUAUGGUUUCUACAAAGAUACCGUGGAGUUUUUCUUCGAAGGAAGAAACGAGUGCAAAAACUUUUGGAAGAAAUGCGUGGAAAACCACGGGUUCUUUAGGUGUUCCGCGGUAAAAAACGUAUCCAGACAUAAAACAAGGGUGCUAUCGAGGGGUAGCUCGUUUAGGUAUAGCGGUAAAACUCAAAAACAGGUGGUGGAGUUUGUACGGGACAACUACGUGAAACGGCAGACGUUCCAAAGGUCUCACUCGUUCAGGCACUCGAGUGCGCACUCAAGCGCCUCCAACAUGCACGCGAGUGCGGUCGGGAACAGCAUUAGCGCCCAUCCCCUCCUUCCCUUGGCUGACAGCAGUUUGAGUGCGGAAGCGUCCAAACUCUCAGCGUCCCUGGGAUCGAUGAGGGCGGGGGACGGGACCGUGCGCCCGGUUUCUCCGACGACGAGAUCAGUCUCUCACCGCCUCGGCAUAGCUACGUCCUGGAGCUCGGUCCCAGACACCACCGCCAACAGCAUCACCAGCACCGCUACGAAACAACAGCGGGGCACGGUCGGCAAUGCGGCAACAGUUACUACGGCGGUACCGCGGCCGCCGGCUGUUGUUCCGACGACGAGCUCGCCUUCUCCGACGGGGACGCGGUCGGGUACGGACGAGGGGUCGCCGAGCCCCCUCGGUUCGCCCCUGGGGGGCCACAGCACGACCACGUGCGCAGCCACAGCCAGUCGGAGGCCUGCGUCUCCUCUCGCCGUACGCGCGGCUGUCCACAGAGCAGACACAGGUACCCAAAAAGAAGAGUUGCAGAAUGGUAACGAACCAAGGCCCUUUAAAUUGGAUAAUAACAAUUUCUAUACGUCGACCCCGACCUAUAAAACAAACGGGAACAUUUCUACUUUGUCUUUGGAUGCUACAAAUGCGAAUUAUACUGUAACAGAGGAGAGUCCAGAAAGGAAUUACCACAAAGAGCAGAUUAUGAAUAGCAUAAAUGAAUCUAAAUCAACCAACUGUACAAACACAACGAUCAUCGCGGACAUCGAACACGACAUAAAAAAAGUCCGAACCAGAGAUUUAGUAGAUAAAACGUACUACAUUGCCAAAGAGAUUUUAAUGACCGAGUUAACUUACAAAAAAGACCUUGACGUGAUCAAUGUGUGGUUUAGAGCGGAAGUCGGAAAGGAGGAACCGGAAGAGUGUUCGAUUUUAUUGUCACUUAUCGCGCCGCUGGCGGAAGCCCACGGUUCGUUGGUGAGAGAUUUGGAGCAGAGGUUACACGGUUGGGACGGUAGGGGCGGCCCCAAAGCGACCGCUGGACGGAUCGCCGAUGUGCUUUUGGCCCAUUUACCUCCUUUGCUACCGAUUUACGAGGAGUACCUUGACGGGCACAUACUAGUGUUAGAAAGACUGGACGAGUCCUUUAAGAAAAACCAAAAAUUCGAACAAUUAUACAGAGAUUUCGAAACGCAAAAGAUCUGCUAUCUGCCACUAACCACCUUCGUCCUUAGACCAUUGCACAGGCUUCUGCAAUACCAAUUCCUGUUGGAACGUCUGUUGAACCAUUACGACCCCAGUCAUCCUGACAGGGCGGACUGUCGUACCGCCUGCGACACCCUUAAGGAUCUGAUGUUGCCGGUGCGAGAGACUUUGGAACACUCUGAAAAUUUGGCCACGCUGUGCGAGUUACAGAGGGAUAUCGUCGGAUUCGACAGUCUGAUACAGCCGGAGAGGAGGUUCAUACGUCACGGCUGUUUAUUGAAACAUUCCAGGAAAGGGUAUCAGCAGAGGAUGUUCUUUUUGUUUUCAGAUAUCUUGUUGUACACCUCUCGUUCCCAAGCUAUGAGACAGUUCAAGGUGCACGGUCACAUGCCCCUAAGAGGGGUUCUAAUCGAGGAACCGGAAGGAGAACUCGCUUACAACGGUUUAAUCAUUUACGGAGGCAAUAGAGCUUUAACGGUGGCGGCCAGUUCGCCGGAAGAGAAAGACCGAUGGAAACAAGACCUACAAAACGCGAUACAACAGGCCAGGGAUAAAAUGGACACGAAGAUUACGUACCUGAGCCUGAAAAGUUGCAGCUCAUCGGACGAACAGAUAGACCAAGUGAACAUCAACGAAGCAAGUACCCAAACCAAGUCUCAACCCCAACGAGUUAAUACCGCGGUUCACGUGUGUUGGCAUAGGAAUACCAGUAUAAGUGCGGGCGAUGAGUUACUCGCGGUAGAAAACCAACUCUCCGGGUACCUGCUCCGGAAAUUCAAAAGCUCUAAUGGUUGGCAGAAAUUGUGGGUGGUGUUCACCGAGUUCUGUUUGUUCUUUUACAAGGGAUGCAUGGACGAUUUCGCUCUGGCCUCGUUACCGUUGCUGGGGUACUCGGUCGGACCUCCCUCUCCUAAAGACCAAAUCGUUAAAGAUUACGUUUUCAAGUUGCAAUAUAAGAACCACGUGUAUUUCUUCAGGGCCGAGUCCGAGUAUACGUAUAACAGGUGGAUCGAAGUGAUUGGAAGCACGACGUCACACAAAUCAAAACGCCCUAUUUAUAGUGACAAUAACGAUAUCACUCUGAGUUUGCAGGAAUAGGUAUAAAAAAUUAAAUUUAACGUUUUAUAACAUUUUGGCAGCACUUGAUUUACAUUGCGAAUUAUACACGUAUGUUUUCACCUGAAGCAACAAUGGUGCUAACAAUCUAGUUUUCGAACUUCCAUUGUCUUUAAAUUUGGUAUUGGGAAAUACCUUCAACUGUUAUCAGUGUGUUUUUAAAUCUUGCAGAGUCCAGGAAUCUUUUUUUCUUGCAAUGGCUCAUAUGAAUAAAACAGAAGCACAUGCUUAAGUUUUUUUGAGAUAAACACAUUUUACUUUACUUUAAUACAACAAAAAAAGACGGGGGAGUAAAAGCAUGUGCUGCACUUUAUUAAUAAGACUAGGUGUUCUUCAAUUUCUGUACAAAAUAUGUUGUAGUCAUUGGAUUAAGCAUAUUCAAAAUGUACACAAUCUUGAUAUUGAUUUUCUGCCAAAGUAAGGAAUCUGAUUGAUUCUCCACUUGCUCUAGCUCUUUUCUUGUUAUCUCUGCUAAUUUCAGACUAUAAAAGUUCGAAAAGUAGAUUGUACUACUUUUUACCAAUGUCGACCACAUUCAGCAACAAUGGUGCUGACUUUCAAAAUUGAAUGAUUAGUGUUAAAAGAAUAGAACAGAUGCUUUUGUUAUAUUCAUUUUUAGUAACAAAAUAUUACUACAUUUAAAUCCUACAAAAAAUUGUAUUAUGGAAGAAGUAUUAUUGUGCAUUUAUAUUGUCCUAUAGUUCAUUCCUCUUGAUUAAAACGAUUGUGUGCCUUAUUAGUAAGUUGUAAAUAUUGUACAGAGUCUAUAUACAAAAACUUCUAUUUUUACAAUGGUGUUUUAUAAAACGACGUAUUUAUUUUUAAUAUUGUUUUAAACAAGUGCUUUAUUAGUUGUGAUCUUUAUAAGGAAAAGAAAUCUAAGGUAGAUGGAUUAAUUAAAUUAAAUUCCGGGUAUUCAUAAGUUUUUUUAAUAAAAAAAAAAACUACUCCACAACUAAAUGAAUCGUGGCAACUUAACGUAAUUGUUAUUAUUAUAUAUAUUAUAGAGCCAAAUAGCCUAGUGUUAACUUAGCAACUAAGUACUUUUAUAUUAUACUUGUUUAUAUAAAAUAAAUAACAAAAUAACAUUCUGAAAAUAAAGAACCCACUAAAAAUUAUAACUUAGGCGUAUGAAAACCCACACGUUCGAAUUUAUUUUUUAUAUAUACAUACAUGAAUUUUAUAUCACUUUUUGAUACUUAAAAAUAAUACAUCACAAAGUGUAAAACAGUAUUCUAAAGUAUGAAACGAAGUUUUAUUUAUUAAACGAGUUUCUAGAUGCAAGAUAUCUUACAGUAAGUAAACAUUAAAACAGUAAUAUUUCUAUCAGACGAAUCCAAAGUUUUUCGUUUUGAUUGCUAAUAACAGCUUCUGUCUCAACACGGUCCGGCUGCUGUAGAGCGGUAUGUACAGCCUCGAAAUGCACGUGUUGGCUGUAGGCAAGUGGGCAUCGUCCGCCGGACGAAUUGUUACCGAGGGCAUCGGUUGAAAACCGUCCUCGCUCGCUGGCAGAGCCGGAGAUCCGGUCCAAAAAUAUACCUACGAUUGUUUUUUUUUUCUAUUAUUCGUUAAUCAAACUGAGAAUAUUAAUAAGUGUAACUUCCAUUAAAAUUAAUUUUGUUUCAAA